CGUCGCGCGCGGGAGCAUUCGGUUGUCAAACAGUCGAGUUCGAGGCAAAUACCGGCUGUAUCGAAGACAGAAACAACUUUUAUGUGAUAUAACAAGUGAAGCACAGGUCAAACCUUUUAGUUCAAGGACCAGGUGUUUCCCACUCGGACAUGGCCAUGAGGAGCGAGGCCAGGGUGGAGGCGGAGGCCGAGGAGGAAGAGAGCUUCGGGCCGCAGCCUCUGAGCAAACUGGAGCAAUGUGGGGUCAGCGCCAGCGACAUCAAGAAGUUGGGGGAAGCCGGCUUCCACACCAUCGAGGCCGUGGCCUACGCGCCCAAGAAGGAGCUGCUCAACAUCAAAGGCAUCAGCGAGGCCAAGGCCGAAAAACUUCUGGCCGAAGCUGCCAAACUCGUGCCGAUGGGCUUCACCACGGCGACGGAGUUCCACCAGAGGAGAACCGAGAUCAUCCAGAUCUCCACGGGCUCCAAGGAGCUCGACAAACUUCUGCUGGGCGGGAUCGAGACUGGCUCCAUCACGGAGAUGUUUGGGGAGUUUCGGACGGGGAAGACCCAGCUGUGCCACACCCUCGCCGUCACCUGUCAGCUGCCCAUCGAUCAGGGGGGCGGAGAAGGUAAAGCCAUGUACAUCGACACGGAGGGAACCUUCCGGCCGGAGAGGCUCCUCGCUGUGGCCGAGAGGUACGGGCUGACGGGCAGCGACGUCCUGGACAACGUGGCUUACGCCCGAGCCUUCAACACGGACCACCAGACCCAGCUGCUGUACCAGGCCUCCGCCAUGAUGGCCGAGUCCAGGUACGCCCUGCUGAUAGUGGACAGCGCCACCGCUCUGUACAGGACGGACUACUCGGGCCGCGCCGAGCUGUCGGCCCGCCAGGGACACCUGGGGCGCUUCCUGCGCAUGCUGCUGCGGCUGGCGGACGAGUUUGGCGUUGCCGUGGUGAUCUCCAACCAGGUGGUGGCGCAGGUGGACGGGGCGGCCAUGUUUUCCGCGGAUCCCAAGAAACCGAUCGGAGGCAACAUCAUGGCUCACUCCUCCACCACGCGCCUGUACCUGAGGAAAGGCCGAGGAGAGACGAGGAUCUGUAAAAUCUACGACUCGCCCUGCCUGCCGGAGUCCGAAGCCAUGUUCGCCAUCAACGCCGACGGCGUGGGCGACGCCAAGGACUGAGCGGCAGGGAGCAGGACAAAGGAAGCAGGGCGGUAGAUGUCACACCCGCUGACCGAAUCCCGGACUGAAGAGUGUGUGUGUGAGAGUGUGUGUGAGAGUGUGUGCAGCGUGCAGCCUUCACACAGAUGGACUGAUGACACACAGACAAAGGUUGUAUGGUUUGAGGUUUGAGUGGAUGAGAAGCUGCCGGCUGCAGAUCCUCUGGAGCCCUCAGUCAUUAAGAAUCAUAAGUCAUAAUUAGAAAUACGGUCAUUUUCUUUUAUUUCUUUGAUGCAAAGUUCAAAUUUGUCAAAACAAAAACAAAAUCUGAAAAACCGAUGUUAAAUAGUUUGCGAGCUCUUUUUUUCUUCUUCUCGUUAACUUCGUCCUCACGGCGUUUCUGUUGAAUGUCGUUAUUGAACUUUUUUUCCAGCUUCACCUCGACUUGUUUGUCCCUGUUUUUCAGAACCGUCUAAAUAUAUAUUUGUUUUACUAUUAAAUCGUCUCAUUUGUU